UCGGCGUCCCGGUUUUCUCCUACCCUCGGCCCCAGCAAUGGCGACUCCCGACCCUAUGACUCCCCAGGGCCCCUUUGAAGCGUCGCAGCCUCCUGUCAUUGAGGGGUUCAGCCCCAGUAUCUACAGAAAUCCAGAAAGCUUCAAGGAAAAGUUUCUUCGCAAGACGCGUGAGAACCCGAUGGUCCCCCUAGGUUGCCUGGGCACGGCGGCCGCCCUCUCCUACGGCCUCUACUGCUUCCACCGGGGCCAGAGCCAGCGCUCCCAGCUGAUGAUGCGUACCAGGAUCGCCGCGCAGGGCUUCACGGUGGCUGCCAUCCUCAUGGGCCUGGCUGCAUCUGCCAUGAAGUCCCGGGCCUGAGCUCUCGGCGGGCCCGGGAAAGCUCCGCAGAGGUCCUUCCAAAAACACAGACGCCACCAUCAGCCUUGCCACAGGACAGUACCCUUCUCUUGCCCCAUCGGGUCCCGGUGUCGUUGGGGGAGGAGGACGUGGCCCAUUGUGUAUCGGAUUUUUCAGGAAUCCCAGAUUGAGUUCGACUAAGGUGUUGCGUACUUCUAAGCGUGCCGUGUGCCUUUCACUCCCAACUUAAUAAAGAACCCACUGGCCGGC